AUGGGGGAAGUAUUUCCAAAACUGUCAGAUGUAAUACUUAGAAAACUCCCAAAGUUUAUUUCUAUUUGUGAAGGAAUUGAUUUUAAGGAUCUGCAAUGUGACGUGGAAGAUUGCCCAAAAUAUCGAGAAAUCAGUCAAAUCCAAGAAGAGCCUAAAAAUGAAGAUUCAGAAAAUCAAGCAACAGCAAGUGUUUUACAAGAAUUUGCAGAGAUUACAGAGGAAACAUCACUUGAAAUUCAAGUUAAAGACCCUGCUCUGGCUUCAGAGAAACAAGCAUCAGGAACUUUAGCAGCAAAGUCACAACUGAGAGGGACAUAUUUACAUGAGUUGGAGGAUGAACACAAAACAAGUGAAUCAACUAUGCAGCUCCAACAAGAGGAUUUUGCAGAAACAAAAACCACUAAAGCUUCUCAGAAAACCAAUGUACCAUUUGAUGAUAAUAGUAUUGAUAUCAUAUCAAAAGAAAGAGCUGAAGGUGGUCCCCUCCCAGAGGAUGUAGUGGCAGCAAUUAUGGAAGCUGAUUUAGCACCAAGAAACUCAUCAAAAGCAUUCAUCAUUCCUCACCAAAAAGAGUUCCCAUUGGAUUUGAAGCCAUCAGAAUCAAGAAGCAAAACAAGCAUGAAAUGCCAGGAGAAGCUAGCAGAUAGGAUGAUUAUUGGUGUUGCUUCCUCAGUUGUUUCACAAGUUGGAGAAUUGCCAUUUGGUCCAUCUAAAUUGGUUGCGAGCAUGAAAGAAACACAUGAGCAAGGCUCUCAAGAGGAUAAUGCAGCAAAAGAAGUUCCAAUAAUAGUUCAAUCAACUGAUUCAGAUUCAAGGAAGCAAACUAGAGUAUCACCCAUUUUUGAACAAAUUACUCAGAGCAUCAAAGAUACAACAGAACUAGGUCUUGAAGAGAAUUAUGCAGAAGAUGAUGUCGUGACAGCAGUUGGAUCAACUAAUUCAGAUUCAAGGAAGCAAUCUACAGGACCAAUUGAUAACCUCUCCGGAAAACAUUCUGCACUAAGUGCUAAGGAAAAAGAAAAAGGAAUUAAUGAAAAAGCUACUUCUACAGACGCAGCACCAACGGCAACUCCAUUAAAAAGAGCCCUUACUGUUAUAGAAACAGGAGAUCACUCAAGUAUUCAAGAGGAAGCUGAAUCAGAGAAGCCUCUAAAAGCGAUCAUUCCCCGAGUCACUACUUCUCUUCAUCACCAAUCACAAAAUGCUGAUGAUGCUAUCAUUUCAUUUUAUAAAUUGGGAGUUUGUGAAAUUUUCCAACUUGUGGAGCUAAAAGAUGGUGAAGCGGCUUUACUUGCUCAAGCACUCCAACGAUAUCCUCAACUAUUGCUACCUCAGGAACAUCGCUCACAACGUAUGAUAGCUUGGUCCUACCGAGUGCUGGUAGAUAUUUUGGCGGUGCUGGCUGCCAAGACUCCUUGUAGCAUCACAAGUUCAGAAAAGUCAACCUUGGAGACUAACUUAUGUGAUGCAACCUUGCUUGGGUUUGACAAAGAAUGGAUUGAUUCGGUUCGGUCUAGAGUUUUUGGUGUUGACAUGUCUGAUGUGUUGGCAGCAGAAGAGGAAAUUCAGGUGAAGGAGGCCGAGCUGGAGACGUGUGACGUUGCCUUGGAACAAGUUCGAAAGCAAAGAGUAGAGGCCAGAGAGCGACUUGCGGUGACACGAAGACAGUUGGAGAUGGCGCAAACUGAGUUUGAAGCAACUGAUUCUCAACUGUCGGCUCUAUUGGAAGGUCGCAAGAAGUUGACUAAUGAGAUAACAGAGUUUAGAGAAAUAAUAAGUGCCAAGGACAGACCCUUUGGCAUUUAA